UCGGGGGCGGAGUCUGAGGCGGGGCAGCGGACCCAACUGCCGCGGAAGAUGGCGGCUGAGGCGCUGAGUGGAGGGGAGGCACCGGCCUGCAACUCCGGCCGGAGUGAUGCCAUCUGCAAUUUUGUCAUUUGCAAUGAUUCUCCCCUUCGAGGUCAACCUAUUAUCUUCAACCCUGACUUUUUUGUGGAAAAACUCCGACAUGAGAAACCAGAGGUGUUUACCGAGUUGGUGGUCAGCAAUAUCACAAGACUUAUUGAUUUGCCUGGGACUGAGUUGGCUCAGCUGAUGGGUGAGGUGGACCUUAAGCUGCCUGGUGGGGCUGGCCCAGCCGCAGGGUUCUUCAGGUCUCUAAUGUCUCUCAAGCGGAAGGAAAAAGGAGUGGUAUUUGGAUCUCCACUGACAGAGGAAGGCAUUGCCCAGAUAUACCAACUGAUUGAAUAUCUGCACAAAAACUUGCGAGUGGAAGGCUUGUUCAGAGUACCUGGUAACAGUGUCCGACAGCAGCUUUUGAGGGAUGCUCUCAAUAACGGAACCGAUAUUGACUUGGAUUCAGGAGAGUUUCACUCAAAUGAUGUUGCCACGCUGCUGAAGAUGUUUCUAGGAGAGUUACCAGAGCCCCUCCUAACCCAUAAACAUUUUCAUGUGCACCUCAAAAUUGCUGAUUUGAUGCAGUUUGAUGAUAAAGGAAAUAAGACCAACAUACCAGACAAGGAGCGGCAGAUUGAGGCCCUGCAGCUGCUUUUCCUCAUCUUGCCUCCAGCCAACCGUAACCUGCUGAAGUUACUGCUUGAUCUCCUUUAUCAAACAGCGAAGAAGCAAGACAAGAAUAAGAUGUCUGCCCAUAACCUUGCCCUUAUGUUUGCACCCCAUGUCCUGUGGCCCAAAAAUGUCACUGCAAAUGACCUUCAGGAGAAUAUCACAAAGUUAAAUACCGGGAUGGCGUUUAUGAUCAAACACUCCCAGAAACUUUUUAAGGCUCCUGCUUAUAUUCGGGAAUGUGCCAGAUUAUACUAUCUGGGCUCCAGAACUCAAGUGUCAAAGGAUGAUCUUGAUCUGACAACCUCAUGUCAUGCCUUGUCCUCCCAGCUGGCAAGAUCUCAGAAACGGAACAGGGUAGAUUCUUGUUCUCAACAGGAGGAGACCCAGCAACAUACAGAAGAGGCACUGAAAGAGCUCUUCCAACAUGUUCAUAACAUGCCAGACUCCACGAAGAAGAAACAGCUUAUUAAACAGUUCCAUAAGCAAUCUUUGACUCAAACACCGGGGCAAGAACCUUCUACUCCCAGGGUCCAGAAAAGAGCCCGUUCGAGAUCCUUUAGUGGGCUUAUUAAGCGCAAAGUCCUGGGCAAUCAGAUGAUGUCAGAAAAGAAAAACAAGUCCCCUACUCCAGAGACUGUGGCCAUGGGUGAAUUGAAGAGAGUCAGCAAAGAAAAUAUGAGCUUGUUCUUUUCUGGCUCUCCAACUCUCAAAAUGACACCAACAAGAUUGAAAUGGUCUGAAGGGAAGAAAGAGGGGAGGAAAGGAUUCCUCUGAAGGGUUAACUAGACUCCCCUGCUGUCCAUGUGAAGUUCCUCUUCAGUGGGACAGGCGGUACUUCUCAGUGAAGUUUGCAGCUUGCUGCCUGCAUUGAAUUGUGAAAGCCAAUCAAAGCAUGAUGGACUGGUACCUCUGACCCUCUCCCUGGAUGUCUUUGGAGCUGUGCCUCUGAGAGACUGUUCUGCUCUCUCUGUGUUUGUUUUUAAUAUCAGGAUCCACUAGACGCCUGCCAGCUUACACAGUACAGUAGGUGGGCAGGCCCAGCUGUGCUUAGUCAGUGUGCUCAGGACAGUUCUGUUUCUCAAAAUAGGAAAUUUUAUGUUUAAUUGCUAGUAAUAUUUUUUAAAAGUUCUGUCAGUCUUAAGUGGAUUGCUCUACUUUAACUGGUAUUUAGGGCUUUUCUCCAUGUUAUUAGUAGUGAGUAGUUGAUUGUUGAUUUACUUGUUUUAAAAGCCAUUGUUUAGAUUAAUAACCUAGGCGGAUUCUCUUUGAUGCUUUUCAUUUUGAGCUCAAGAAAUCUCUUUAUCUUAUUUGUACUCAAAGGAUUACUAUUUCUUUAUUAUUUCUUGUGUCUGUUAUAGGGGAUUUGACACGGCAAUGAAAGAGAGUUCAGUACAGUAUAUUGUAACAGAUUUCAGCUAUUAAUAAGCUGCACCCCCAUGUCUCAUAUCUUCCCCUUAGUGAUGUGGGGAUGGCUGUGUGGUUGUUAACUUGCUUCCUUCCUUAGCACCUCUCACUGAAACAUCUCUGCUGCCACUGCAACAGAUCCCUGGGACCGGGGAGAGUCACGAUCUGCUACAUGGAGCUUGCUGCAGUCUGCAUGUGGUGGAAACUGCAGUAGUCCCAGGGGAGGCUGGUUGGCUUUGGUAGGAUCCUGUCACACAUUCCUAGGUAUCAAAUAUGCUGUUCAACUAUCUCCUAAGAGCAGCUUGGAACCAGGAAAGAAAAGCGUGGCAGUCUCUGCAGGUCUGUAAGAGCUAAUGAAAGCAGAUGUGCUGUGUCCCCAGUGAUCUAGGACAGUUGCUCACUGCCCCUUUCCUUGUCAGAUGGGCACAGGAAGCAAGAGUAAAGCAGAGGCACUGCCCACUGAGCAGCAGGUGGCAGGUGAGGGUGGUGAGGUAUGGCUGACUCGAACCAUGCGACCAUCCUCACCCCACUGUGGGGAACGGUUUGCCAACCUAAUGAUAAACAAUCGAACAUGCUGUGUGAUUGUUGAAAUGAGAGCUGACUUUGGGGUAGCAGAGGCUGACUUUGUGUCUGUCUGUCAGUACACUCUUCCAUACUAUACUGUUUAUUCUGUUGUUUUAACAGCAGUGGUAAAGGAAAAUGUGGUUUUUGGCCUUCCAGCUGGAUAGUUUGGGAGCAGUGGAGGUGUUUAAGUUUCUUUCUCUAAAAGUGUUUUAGGUCAUUCUUAAAGAUCUUCAUUAGCAAAUUCAUUUGUCUAGGUUUUUGUUUGACUCUUUUUUGUUGUUGUUGUCGUUACUAAGAAAAAGUUUGUUUCUUUUUAAAUAAAUUUCUUGUCCGAGGUAUAUAGUGAGGUCAAACAGAAAUCCUUUUGUAUUACCAAAUCUAAGUAGUUCUCCCCAGCACAAAACUUGCUUUAAGUAUGUUCCACCAUACUGUAAUGUGGCCCUGGCCAGAGAGCUGAGCAGUGCCUUCUGUUAGAUAGAGAGAGAGGAGAUGGGUGUGGAUGAAUGAAGCAAUGACCAGGGGUGGUCUGGGCGAGGGUGGAGAGAGACAGAGAGGAGAGAGUGAGACGUUUACCCCAUGGCUUUUCUGUAGCUGGCCUCUUGGGCAGUUGCCAUGUGUAUUUGGGAAUGUAUUUAUUUAUUUAUUGAAUACUCAGUCUCUUGCUUUAAGGUCAUUUUUCUUAUAGAAGCUGUGAUCCAGUGCAGAAUAAACUUGAGGAAGAGCAUAACCUUCUUUCUGUGUCUUAUAAUAUGUAGCUGUUCUAAUCCUGUGGUAUCUUUUGGGAAACUUAGACAAAAGCUCCAUUGUUGCUCCAGAAGGUUUCUCUUGCCCUUCUGACAGGGUGUACAGUUGCUGUUUAUGAGCCAGUAUUUAAUAUUUUUAACCUAUGUCUUUUGUUUUUGUUUUUGAGACAGGGUUUGUCUGUGUAGCCUUGGCUGCCCUGGAACUUGAUCUGUAGACCAGGCUGGUCUCGAACUCAGAGUUCUCCUGCUUCUGCCUCCCGAGUGCUGGGAUUAAAGAAAGGCAUGUGCCACCACUACCCAGCUAACCUAUGUCUUAAAGGAUAUUUGUAUUGUUUAUUUUUCAUGUUGGAGCAAUCUCUUUGGAAGUACCUUUCAUUUUUUUUCUGGGGUUAAUUGCCACAGGCUUUGAUGUUGUAUCAACAUAGGGUAGUAUAUUUUUGCCAGAAGGACACAAGUAUGAAGAGGCAGAUCAUGUCGUAUUUGGAUCUUCACUGGGUGAAUGAGUGGAGGCUGUGAGCCCUUUUUCUAAUCUUUCACAGAAGUAGAUUUUCUCACUGAAAUCAGUGAUCAGGUUUGAACCUCUCCUCCCCUAACACCACACACACACACACACACACACACACACACACACACACACACACAGUGAAGGGAACGAGGCUUAGGAGACAUUGGUUGUAUUUCAGUACCAGACAUUCAGUACCAGCACAGCUGAUGAGUGCUGAGGGAACCCACAAUUGGCCCUCCACUCAGGAUGUACUUUACUUGGAAGGUCCUCCUAGAGCCAGUCGGGAUUGCUGAAGAAACAACCCUGGGAGAUGAGGUAGUAUAGGAUGCUGACUACAGAAUCAGGAUACUGAUGCUGGUGACUGGGCUCUGGACAUGGCUAUUUUGUUGACUUGUAUGAAGGUCAACUCAUUGCAGGGCAGAGCUGUUCUUUUCUCCUGAGUAGUGUUCUGUCUGGCUUCCCUCUCAGGAGCCUGUGUCUGUGUAUAGUUUAAAAUACUGCCUUCUAGGGGACCCGGCAGCCACUGUGACGGGCCAUGUGACCGUGUGUAGGCAGGAGGCCAUCUUUGAGAACAGCUGUCUCUAAACUGCCUGCCUGCUUACUUUAUAUAGGGCCUCACACUAGGACUGUCAUCUAAGCCCUGUGCAGAGAUAUUUACUCUGUGACAUCCUUUUCCUCUGGAAACAGCAUCAUCCCUGCUCUCCUACACCCCGAAGCCUUCAAACUGAAGCUAGGAUCAAGUCUAAACCAAUAGGACUGUUCUAGAAUUUGGCUCCCUGAGGUGAAGCUUUUGAGUGACCCCAGUUAACCCAAUGGCAGACUCAACUUUCAAAAAGCUGGCUUUACUAACUAUACAGCUAAUGCUGGGAGCAGUGUGCAGUUGAUGGAGGUGGGCUAUCGAGGAGAUGGAGGAUACAUAGCCUGAGUGCUUGUGUCACCAUGGAAACUGGAGUGUGUGAGGCCACAGCCCAUGUGAAAGAGCCUUGGAGUAUGCCUCUGGGAUGCUUGGACCAGUGGGCUGUAGGAAGGGCAUUCUCUCACCCAAGGCCUUUCAGCAAGGCUUGCCUGUGCUUAUUCCAUGAACUCCCUCACUGACCCCCACCCCCAGAAGAUUUCUUAAGAGAGGGUUGCACCUGUUUGUUACUUUUGAUUGUUUUGCAUAUAUAUGUAAUAUAGAGAAACUAUCAUAUAUUGUUUUAUAUUCAUGUAAUAUUCUGAAAUUAAAUUUCUGUUUCAUAUCUGUGGA